GGUGCACUCGGUAGACUCGGUCUUACAGUAGGUUAGGUUGCCAAUCUUAGGUUCUUUUUUUCAACGACGUAAGCGGCUGAACCUGCUUCUCAUUGAACUACCACCAUGACGAAUUCAAAAGGUUAUCGUCGAGGAACAAGGGAUUUAUUCUCUCGAAAAUUCCGCAAACAUGGAACAAUACCAUUGUCAACGUACAUGAAAGUAUACAAAGUUGGCGAUAUCGUUGACAUAAAAGGUAAUGGAGCUGUCCAAAAGGGAAUGCCCUAUAAAGUUUAUCACGGAAAGACAGGUCGCGUGUUCAACGUGACCCCCCAUGCUCUUGGUGUCAUUGUUAACAAGAGAGUACGUGGGCGUAUAAUUGCAAAGAGGAUUAAUGUCCGCAUUGAGCAUUUGACUCAUUCCAAAUGCAGGGAAGAUUUUUUGAAACGUGUAAAAGAAAAUGAAAGUCUCCGCAAGCAAGCAAAGGACAAGAACAUUAAAAUUCAGCUGAAAAGACAACCCGCAGAACCUUCGUCAGCUCACAUUGUAUCAGGACGUGAACAACCUGUCUUACUUGCUCCUAUACCAUAUGAAUUUAUUGCUUAAAAUUUAAAUAAACAUGUUUUGACAAGUU